GCAGUUAGGCCACCUUCCAUUGAGCAGGGCGCGAUAGGAAUGUCUGCUGUCUAGUGAGAGAGAGACACACACACAGAAUCACCGACCGACAGAGAGAAGCUAUAAUUUACUGUAAUCUCUAGAUGGAUGUGAAAGGGGAGACGUGUGAGGCUGACAUGAACAUCAUAAAGAUAGAGAUCACAAAUAUUAAGGAGGACCACUGUGAAUGGGAGCCUGCCCACCCUAAACAAGGUAAUCUCCACAUUAAGGAAGAGGACUGUAAACUGGAGUCACUGGACAUUAAAGAAGAGGUUGAAGAGAAGUUUGUCAGCAUUGAGACACACAAACAUAAAAGUGUGAAGAGUGUCCAGGAAAACGACCUCCAUUACAGGUGUCAAGAUGGAGCAGCGAUGGGGUUGGUAUCUCCUCAGUCCACACACUGCUCAUCUUCAGGGCUUUCUAUCCAUGUGAAGUCCGAAUCAUUACAGUCUGACACAAGGAGGACCGAGGAGAUAUUCUCUGUUAGAACUCUGGAAGAUCAGCCACCAUCUACAAAUAAGUCUCAAGAGAGAGACAAACCUCACUGCUGUCCUGAAUGUGGCAAACAAUUUUCUGACAGGAGUAAUCUGCGGAAACAUUUAAGAAUUCACACAGGAGAGAAGCCAUAUUCUUGUUCAGAAUGUGGGAGACAAUUCACACGGAUCAACAGUCUUCGUAGACACAGAAAAAUCCACACGGGAGAGAAGCCGUAUUGUUGUAAUGAAUGUGGCAAAGAAUUUGUUGACAAGAGUACACUUCAGAAACACACUGCAAUCCACACUUCAGAGAAGCCAUAUUGCUGUUUGGAAUGUGGCAAACGAUUCUCACGAACCAACGGUCUUAAGUGCCACUUAAGAACUCACACUGGAGAGAAACCAUUUUGCUGCUCAGUAUGUGACAAACAAUUCUUUGACAGGAGGUAUCUUCAGAGCCACAUCAAAGUUCACACAGGAGAGAAGCCGUAUUGCUGUUCUGAAUGUGGGAAACAGUUUGCAACGAUCAGCAAUCUAUACAAACAUAGAAAAAUUCACACGGGUGAGAAACCACAUUUCUGUUCUGAAUGUGGGAGAGGGUUUUCACGAAGAAGUACUCUAUUGAGCCACAAAGAAAUUCAUACCGGAAAGAAGCAAUUUUCAUGUUCUCAAUGUGGAAAACAGUUCCUGCGAAUUGCCAGUCUACAUAGACAUAUGAAAAUUCAUACAGGAGUGAAACCAUUUUCUUGUUCUGAAUGUGGGAGACAGUUUUCACAAAGAAGCAGUCUAGUCAGCCACGAAAAAAUUCACACAGGGGAGAGUCUGCAUUGCUGUUCUCAUUGUGGCAAACAGUUUUUGCAUAUGUGUAGUCUUAAGAGACACACCAGAGUUCACCUUUAGAGAAAUAUCUUCACAUGGUAAAGAAAUUCUCACAAGACAUCCAAAUGUGCACCGAGGCAACGGUCAUUAACUGAAAAAUCAGAAAUAAUGAAAUCAAUCUGGAUGAGAGGAGGGUAUCAUCAGAAAUCUAAACUCGGGAGAAACAAAUUUUUGUGAGUAAAUGAAGGUACAGAGAUAUAACCGUAAGGGUUUAAAGCAGAAAAAUCAACAAAGAGUACCUCCGUCAAACAAAGAUGAUUCUCAGAACUUGUAACAUGCAAUAAAAUCCAGGUGAUGAACCAGCUUUCCAUUCCCAUUCUAUCUUACGGCUUUGGCAUCCCUGACUGGAAACAUAAACUGGACAUAAAAACUUGAGAACUUCUCCAUACAUACCAGCCAAUAUACAAGAAUCAAGGCAUCCCUAGACUGUACAUUUCUAGAUCUGAAGGAGACAUGGGGCUCAUCGAAAUGGAUGACUUAUUUAGGGCUACAAUCGUUGGACUUCAGACAUUCCUUCUCUACUCAACAUACUGGCACAUUCAGAAGGUACUUUAACAUAAAGCAAACCAACCCAAAUCAACAUCAGUUUUAAGGCUCGACGAAACAUUCAGAAGAAACAAAGGCUUGACAGAGACUCCCCCAAUUUGGUUGGAUAUCGAAAACAAGAAUAGAAAAGGACCGAGCAGCAGAAGAGGAAGAGUACUUGGAAAGACCACAAAUUGAACAGAAAAUAUCAGACAUCCUGCUCCAGCCCUGUGUUGGCCAAAAUAGGGCCUGAAAUUCAGUGUGGAAUUGAUUGGAUUUCACACAGAGUUAGUAAUUCCUGCAAAAUCUUAUUUUUAAGGUGCCAUUUUCCCAGAAAUGUAUUUGGUAAGCACUCUUUCUUACUUGUUGCAAGAAUGGGAAGCAUUAUUAUUAUUAUUAUUUUUUUUUUAUCAUAAUUUUAUAAUGUUAAAUUUUGUUAUAUACAGUACAGGAAAAAAUAUAUAUUUAUUUACUUUUUUCCCAAUGUUUACAUUUUGUUAAUGUCAUACAGUCCCCUCUAAAAGAUUUGGAACCGCAAGGCCAAUUUGUGUUUGCAGUGCACUGAAGGCAUUUGUGUGUGACAUCAGAUGAAGAUGAGAAGAAGGAUCAGAGUUUGACCUUUCAUUCCCAGGUGUUUACGUCUCGAUAUGUUAAACCACAUAGAACUGAGCACCUAUUGUAUCAAACCAUCCAGUUAUUCAAGUGAGCACAAGUAUUGAAACAGAAUGCUUUCAUCUAAAUGAAAGUCAAAAGUGCUUCAUGUUUGGUCGCAUAUCUCUUGCUCGCAAUAACUGCAUCAAGUUUACAAGUCCACAGACUGCACCAUAUUUCUUGUUUCUUCACUGGUGAUGCCUUUCCAGGCUUUUACCACAGCGUCUUUUAGUUGUUGUCUGUUUUGAGGGGUUUCUUCCUUCAGUCUUCUCUUCAGGAGGUGAAAUGGCUUGUUCAGUUGUGUUAAGAUCUGCUGAUUGACUUGACCAGUCCAAAACCUUCCAUUUUUUUCUCCUUUGUUGAGGUGUCAGGGUGUCUUGCUGCAUAAUAAAAUUCCUUCCAAUUAGUUUGGAUGCAGUUCUCCAUAAAUGGCAGACAAUAUGUUUCUGUAUACUUCUGAGUUCACCGUCAUGAGUUACAUCAUCAGUAAAAAUGAUUGAGCCUAUUCCAGAAGCAGCUGUUUAAGAUCACAAGAAGAUUCCUUCUUUCUCCACACUUUGGCCUUUCUAACACUUUGGUAGAAGUUCAUCUUUGCCCCAUUGGUGAAUAAAACACUGCCAGAUUUCUCUCAUUUUUUUGCAAAUUUCAAUCUGACUUUCUGAAUUUUUUUCUGCUGAUGAGUGCUUUGCAUCUUGCAGUGUGGCUUCCAUAUUGUUGUUCUCUACAUCGCCUUCAAUCAGUGGACUGCGACAUUACCACCCCUGCUCUUUGGAGGUUUUUCAUGAUGUUGUUUUCAUGUUUCUGUUGACUGCUGUCACCAUUUGUCUGUCAUCUGGUGGUGGUGUUUUCCUUGGAUGACCACUUCAUUGCUUGUUGCUCAGUACACCAGUGGUUUCCUCCUCCUUUUUCAGGACAUUCCAAGUUGUGGUACUGGCCCAAUGGCCGAUGUUUUUAAAAUACCUCUUAUGCAUUCCCCCCAUACCCUACCCUUCUUCAUGCUGGCGUAUCCUCCUUACCAACAAAUGCUGUCUUCACAGGUGAUAGCCAAAGCUUACACUGAGAGUUAAUAUCUAGGGCUACCUUCACAAUUAAAUAAUCCAUCUUAUGUGACACACUUGAGUUAACACGAAACACCUGUCACUUGUCAUGAUAUAAAACUGGGUGGUUUGACACAAAAUGUCCUCUGUUCUGUGUAGUUUAACACAUCAUGAUGUAAAUACCAGGGAGAUUAAAAGCUGAAGCUCUGCUCUCUCUUCUCACCUUCAUCUUUUGAUCUCGCACACAAAUGUCUUCCGUGCACAGCAAGAAAACAAAUUCAUUGGCCGUGCUGUUCCCAUACUUGUGAAGGGGACUGACUGUAUGCAUAGGAUGUCGCCUUCCUCUUGGCAUUGCCCUUCUCUGAAGUAUACAGCUGUGGAGACCUGUAAGUUGGCUUUUCAUAAGCGUUGCACAAGUGUGCAGCGGGCGUCAAGGACUUGGGACGUGUGGCACCCUUUCUUUAAACUACACUUUAUAAGAAACUCAGCUAAACCCUGUUAAACUGAAGACUAAAAGGAAGUAUUUUUACUUGUCAGUAAUGCAGAAAUUCAGGAAAAUGACUGGGAUAGUGUAAUGAAUUUGUGUUCGUUUGUCGUCCUUACUUUCAUGUAUAUGAAGAAUUGGGAAAGUAUUGGAAUCCUCCAAAAAUUCCAUUUUGAGAUUUUGAUGAAUCUCAAUGGUUUUGACCCC